UCAAUGUGCCUUCCAUCAUUGUAGCUUUUACAUUGUAUUUUUUAGGAAUAUGAUAUAUUUCGAUAAUUAAUUAUUAAUUAUUAAACGUUAAUUAUUAUACUUUCUAGGACAAAUUAGUCGAAAAUUUGAACUACGUUUAUGAUUAUCGUUCUCUGAUUUCUGAUUGGUUGGCGUACAUUGACACAAGCGAAUCAUAAUUUGAUUUUUUGAUCUUGCAUAUCAAUUGCAUGUAAUUUCUCGAACUUUUGCAUUUUAAUAAAAAACUUGUGAUAAAAAAUGCCAAGAUAUAUAUGUAUAUGUAUAUAUAUAUAUAUAUAUAAAUACAUGAUCAAUUAUAGUACAAAUGUUAUAUCUGAUGUUAAAUAAUCAGGCAAUGUGAACACGCUUUUAUCUAUAGAAAACUCUGAUAUUUAUUCAUUAUUUUCGUUUUUUUUUUUUUUUAAAUUCCCUAUCCUUCCCCUGAAUACUUUUGUUCACACAACAUUUGUCUAUAGCAUCGUUUAAAGUCAUAUUUUAUUUAUUUUUAAAUAUUUUAAAUCUUUGAUACUUGAUACAUCUUUACGAAAUAGAAUAUUAUAAAAUCAAAAAUGCAAAAAGUAAUUUCUUCCAUGUUUGUACAUGGCAGGAUACGUAAUAGUAUUUCAAUGAUGUUACGUGCACAAUUGACAACAUUGAAAUUAAAUAAGCAAGAACUUCCUAAACUACCAGUUCCAGAUUUAAAAAAAACUGCAGAAAGAUAUUUGAGAUCUGUAAAGCCAUUAUUGAAUGAAAAUGAAUAUUGUAAUACAAAAAGAAUUGUGGAGGAAUUUAUUUCUGAAAAUGGUCCUGGACCUUUGUUACAAUCAAAAUUAUUACAAAAAUAUGAUAAUACCGACAAUUGGAUCUUUUUAUGUCUACAGCUGGAAGAAUGGUGGAUAAAGUCUGCAUAUUUGAGUUAUAGAGCUCCUCUUGUCAUGCAUUCUAAUCCUGCUACCAUUGGUGCACCCUUAAAAUUUUGUCAUAAAGAAGAUAUCUAUACAAUCGCUGCACAUCUUAUUAAAGCGACUUGUGAUUAUAAUGAUAUGUUGAAAAGCGGUAAAAUAGAACAAGAAAUGAUUAAAAAUGAACCGUUAGAUAUGCAACAAUAUGGAAUGAUUCUUGGAACACAUCGUCGACCUGCUCCAGAAUGUGAUCAAUUAUUACACACCGAUGACGCGAAACAUAUUAUAAUAAUCAGUAAUAAUAAUUUUUUUAAACUUGACGUUAUUAAAAAUUCUUGUAUUUUAAAUGAAACUCAAAUUGCUGGUACAAUUAAAGAUAUUGUCAGUCGUUCCCAGACGAAAGGAAAGCCCGUAGGCAUUUUAACAGGAAAUGACAGGGAUACAUGGACAAAAUAUCACUGUAUACUUAGAGAACAAGGAAAUAAUGGAAAAAUAAUAAAAGAUAUUGAGGAAUCAAUGUUCAUAUUAUGUCUGGAUAAAGAAAUGCCUAAAGAAGCAUUUGAAAACAAAAAUAAUGCCUCUGUUAGAGCUCUACAAUCCUUAACUGGUUAUAGCAGUGAUUUAAAUGCAGGGAACAGGUGGCAUGAUAAGACUAUACAGUUCAUACUUUCUACUGAUGGUUUUUUCGGAUUGGAAAUGGAGCAUACUCCAUGCGAAGGUGUCCCUGUUGGUGUAUUAUACGAUCACGUUACAAAAUACAUCUUAUCAAAACUAAAUGAUGUAAAAUGUGACAAAUUUGAUAACUUCCCAAGGGCAGAAUGUUUAAAAUUUGAAACCAAUGAAGAAAUAGACUGUGCUAUUCAAAAUGCUACCUGUGUUGUAGAUAAUAUCUCACAAAACGCUAAUAUGGAUUGUUUUAUAUUUAAUGAAUUUGGAAGAAAUGAGAUAACAAAAUAUAAGCUAUCUCCUGAUAGCUUCAUUCAAAUUGCCAUGCAAGUUUCUUAUUAUAAACUUCACAAAAAGGUACCAUGUCAUUAUGAAAGUGCUGGAUUAAGAAGAUUUAGAAAGGCAAGAACAGAAUGUAUCAGAUCGACGAGCACUGAAUCUAUAUCAUUUGCAAAAGCCAUGAGUAAUGAUGGAUGUAUAGACGAAAAACAAUUGCAAAAAAUGAUGGUUAAAGCCAUAAAUAAGCAUAAAGAAAGUGCAUCCGAGGCUACAUUAGGACAAGGUAUCGAUAAGCACUUGUUUGGUUUAAAAAUGAUAGCUUCUACAGAAUCAAUGUGUCUUCCAGAAUUGUAUAAGGAUGUUGCAUAUAUUAAAAGUACAUACUAUAAUAUAACAUCGAGUCAAGUGCCUCAUAAAUCGUUGUCAUUUAUGUGCUAUGGUCCGGUUGUACCAGACGGUUAUGGUUGUUGUUAUAAUCCUCGAGAGAACGAUAUUCUUUUUGGCUGCUCUUCCUUCAAGUCUUCUAAAGAAACAGACGCAACAAGAUUUGCCAUCGCAUUAAAGGAAGCUUUGUGUCGAAUGAGAAAUUUAUGUAAUGUUUAAUUGAUUAUAUGAAUAUAUAAUAAAUUCGCUCUCCUCCCCCUCCCUCUCCCCCUCCUUCUCUCCACAUAAUGACUAUAUAUCUAGAGAAAAAAGAAGAAAGGAAAGAAAAGGUUUUUCGGGUGACUUAUUGAACUGACAUAAAACUUUUAUCUUUCUAUAAUUUUUCCAUAUAUUUUUUUUAUUUUUAAUAAUAGACAUAUAACGUAAAAAUUUGAUUGUAGAAUCAAGUAACAACUAGUUGACUAUCCUUAAUACUCUCAUGAUAUAUAUAUAUAUACCUGUUAUAUUGGGUUGGAAGCUAAGUGAUUGCGGAUUUUGUUGAUAGAUGGACUUUACACUUUUCACAAUCACUUAGUUGCCAACCCAAUAGUGUUAUAAAGUAAUACGUAUGAUAUAAAAAAAAUUGUCUAUCUGUAGAGAAAAUUGAAAAAAUUUGUAUACAUACUUUCGUCUGUUCGACCGAACGGAUUUGAAAAAGAAUGUAACGUAAACGUACAACGUACGACCGGUAGAAAAAUGAAUUAUCCGAAUAGAUUUGUCUUUCUAUUUAUUCCGGUAUGAAAAGGUACAAUUUUUCAUGAAAUAAAAGAAUUUGUGAUGUCAAUGUAA